ACAAUUGACAGCUUUUAUGUAUAGGGGGUAGAACGUGUCGUGAAAUGAAACAUUCUUUCCUAACACUAACCACACUGGGAAUAUUCCUCGACAUUUCACUAAAGUGAGCUUGUUUUUUAAAGAUUAUAUAGCGUGAACAUACAGUUCUUAAUAUGCAAAUGAGCAUACAGUGACACAUUUAUAUAAAUAUUGAGCAUUAACUAGCCGUUUGAUUGGCCAAUUGCGGAUUGAUACGGUACAUCGACAAAUUAAAAUAGCCGUUCGAUUGUGAAUUGCUACAACAUUUUGCCAAACCAUGUUCAGAUGUUUGCACGAAUGAGGGGAGGCAGAAAACAGCAUACAUGGAGUUAAUAUAACAACAAUGGGUGUAUGUAUCAUACUAGCCAGUGGAUUGUACUAAGUAUUACAUUGGCUGAGACGAAAGGUGGCCUCAUGAGACCAAUUGUAUAUAACUGACGUUAAAUACUACUGUAAUCUGAUCCCCUGGUACACACUGCCAUGGAUACUGGCGUUGCUGUUAAGGUGACUGUUAUUACUGCCGUCCUGCACGUGUUUGUCAUUUGGGGUAUUUUCACUAUGGUUAGACUGUCCUUGUUUCGGCACACAAAGGUCACGGGAACACUAAUCCGACUAAGUUUGGUGAUGACCCUUUUGUCUGGGACAACUAAUCUGGUGGGGCUUCUAUUCGGCACAAUACAAGGUACUUGGACCCUUGGAGAAACCAUGUGCCAGCUAGUCGGCCUCACCAACCUCGUUCUCACCUCCGGGGCCACGUGGAUUAUGGCUAUAGCAGCGGUUGAAAGGUAUUUUCGAUUCCUGUUGGCGUCCGACCAUCCGUCCACCUUCUCUCAGAAGAACGUGAACAUCCUAGUGGCGGGUAUUUAUGUUUUGGUGAUCCUGGUGGCCACUGGUCCUCUCUACGGCUUAGGAGAAUACUCCAACUUUCGUGGUCACGUGACGCUUACAAUUACGGCUAACUCCACCGCACAGAACGUAUCCUAUGGGGACAAGACGGCGGAUGAAAGAUUGUACGUCAACAUACUCCAUCAAGCGACCGUCAUCGGUAAAUUACCCGACACAAUACCGUGUUUUGUGAAUCAUUUAGAAAAGGACUACGGGAUGACAACAUCACGAUAUGUUUGGAUGGACAGGGGGAUACGUUUCCUGUUACGGGCCUGGACAGAGCGACAUGCGUGGUCAUUUUUGUCUGCGUAUCAGACAGACGGACUCAGGUCGCUAGUGUCGCGCCACCUGUGGCAAGAAGAACUAUUGUGGAGUGCUCGGAUGGAGCACCUAGAGUUCACUGCACAUCUAGACCAGGCAGAAUACCGGAAAUAUGUCGAAAUAUACGUUCCUUCUCAAAGGCUUGGUCAAUGUACAGUGGAUUUUACGUCACCUCACGUGCACGCCACGGUAUGGUCCGGAUACCAGCUGGUCAUCAACACACUGCUGCCGCUUGUGCUCACCCUGGUCGUGUACCUGGUGUUGUACGCGCGGAACCCCUACACAAUGUCGGCCUUUGAUAAGAACCUUUGUCAGGAGGACUUUUCAAGCCUCCGCAUCUUCUGUACGUCAUCUAUGACGUCAUGUUUCUUUUCAGUUCUCUACUUUGGCGUGACGUUGUCCAACGCGGACGGUGUGUAUAUUUCGCCAGACGUAAACUUCGUGGUGACGUUUGCCUACUAUAGUAGCAGUCUUGCGACGUGCGUGAGUGUUUGUUGUUAUGACAAUUUGUGUUGUGGCGGUCUUAAGGCUUCCUGCACGAUGUGCUGGCUUUAUUCUCGGGACUCCAUCUCUAACGAGAUUUCGGACAUCAAGCUCCGCCAGAAAGCGCUGCCGAGACUAAGCCACGCAAACUAGCCCCAGUUUGGUCAGAUACAUCUGUGAUGUGAUAAACGGAGGUUUUCUUGAAAAUUGUGACGUAUAUAUUUAACUAUUAUUUGCCUAUUACAACUAUUGUUGAGUGUUAAUUCAUAUACUGAGGCAAUCAAAAAUAUGACGCGCUUUUAGAUAUGACUAAUCAAAAUAUUGUGCUCAAAUAAGAAAAUACUCAGAAUCAAGAAAAAAAUACGCAGAUAUUCGUCUUUUUGUAUAAGUGAAACAAGUAUAUCUUAGAAUAAAAUAUUUUGUGCUUCG